AUGUCUCUGUCGGUCUCGGGCUUUCCUGAACCAUCGCGCCAGGCUACGCACUCGAGCGAGAUUUUUAGCUCCAACGCAGGCGACAGUCCGCAAGAUGGCCACGGCAAGGCGACGCUCAUAAAUAGCCCUCGCCUUCGCGGCCUCUUUGGCGCGAGCGCUACUCCGUCCACUAAUACCUCAAACACUUCCUCUUCUUCAAGCAAGAAACCAGACGCCACUCCAAAGCGCCUCCGCACCACAAGCAAAUCCGACACCGAAGGCGACCCGCACACAUACGCAUACGCACAUGCACACCACCCAUCUUCGCCACAGUCGCAAUCGUCUGCCAUCCGUGCCGGCAUUACUAUGAAGGGUACCACACCGCCUGCUACGCCCUCGCUAGCAUUUGCAGCGACGCCGUUUGAGCCAUUACCCCAGCAGGAGUACGAACUUGGACUCGAGCUGGAAGCACUUCCGCACCCGCACCCACUGCCCAACAAACGUGCUCAGCUCCCGCCGCUUCCUCGCAAGGUCACGCCGUCGCCCGUGCGUCUGGGCCCGAACCUCGCGCGACUCAAGAUAGUCAGCUCAUGGGGUCUCUCCCAACCGCAACCGCAGGCAUAUGCCCAGUCAAAGUCACCGCCGCCCUCGGUUGUAGUUCAUGAAUGGAAGGGGACGAAUGUUGGAGAUGGGAGCGGGAGUGGGAAUGAGAGUGGAAAUGGAGAGGGUGGUGCGGGUAACGCGAUGGGUGCGGACGGAGCGGCGUCCAACGUCAUUGCUCAGAAAUCUUCUGCGUCUGCUUCGUCGCGGCCGCUUCCAUCUGUGCCAGUAGUGGCCGCUCCUCGCCACGUCAACGCCGUUGCGGGCCCGUCCACUCAUGCCAAUGCGCUACGCAUCCCACCUACUGCGUCGUCGUCUUCGUCAUUAUCCACGUCGCCGUCUUCCUCUGGGUCUCCGUCUUCGCCCCCAUCGUCUUCCGCUACGUCCGUGUCGCUGUCGCCCACGUCGGCCGUCUCACCACCUACCUCUAAGGUGAUUAUCCUCCAGCCGACCCCCCAGCGUGCCCACAAACCCCAUACGCACUCACUUUCGAUGCGGUAUCAACCCCUUGUUGCGGAACCUACCGAGUCUUCGAGUUCAAAUUCCACCAGUACUAGCUCUACGACACAGAGCCCAGUACGCCCCCUCCCGCGUAUACCACCCUCCUCAUCCCCCUCUCCACAGCCCGCGCCCUCCACCUCAGCACAGUUUUACCCCCCUCCGCCACGAGUCAAACGUCCAAAGACAAGCCCGAACCCUAUCACCGAGUUCACCCCCACCCCGUCUACAUCCAGACCUAUUCCCGCAGGCAACAUGUCUUCGUCUCUAUCCUCUCUUCCUCCACGCAGCACACAGCUCGCGAUGAGCUCACCGCGCCACCGCCACACAAGUACAUGGGGGGCGCGACCCGGUGUCAAUUGGCAUACCGCGCAAUCGCAGUCUUCCGUGUCCCAAUUGACAACACAGAGCGUGAAGCAGCGGGCGAACAGCCCGCCACCCCCACUCCCGAUCAGCAGCAAUGGGAAGGUCCUCGGCACACCACGGGCACGAUCAUUGUCACGCACACGUACAGGUGCAUCGUUGGAGGCGACGGGUGGUGCAACGUGGGUCGGCAUGCGGCCCUCGGCAGGUAUGGGGUCGACGUCUCCGACAAUUGCGGGUGCGCGGCCGCUCCCAAAGAAGGCACCCACUAUUCCUGCUCCGGUACUGCAUGUUCAGACAAAGCAUCGCGCAAAGCCAGUCCUCCCAUCGUCGGCCUCGUCUGCGAAUGGCGUCAUUCGAAGUCUCCCACUGCCGACCCUGGUGACGCGACUGCCACCAGCAACGUCUUUUUCAACGAGCGCGAGUGCGGCCGCGUCUCCCAGGACCUCUCCAAAGACGGGGUCAUUGGUGGUUAACGCGCUGGGUGGCUGCGGCACCCCGCGCACGCCGAUUGCUAUUUCCAUCACCACCACUGUUACUACUACAACCACAGGUGCAAACUCACCUGUGACCGCUGGGGACAACACUGACGACGAGGACAUGUACGUCCCCGACACAUUGUCCAUUCUGGACUCACCUCUGCACACGCAUCCUCUGGGGGCAGACACACAUGGCCUGUUGACAGACACCGAGUCCGUCUCUCACUCGCAUGCUUACCCCCAUUCCCACUCUCACUCUAAGCCACACAUCGACCCGAACCUCCUGAGCGCACCCGUGAGCCCAACUAGCGCAACCGAUCCUGACUCACCACUUGAGGUUUUCGUGGACGACCACGACCUGAGUACGCUCCCGCCGUGGCUUGCGCGUGGCCCGUCGCCUAUCCGCUAUGCGCGCCCGGACUCGCGCGGCCGGCUUCGUGGAGAGUAUACAGAUUUAGGUGAAGAUGAGGAUGUGGAUGAAGGUGAGGGCUCGGAUGUAAAUAUUGGUGGGGGGUUGAGGGUGAGGGGAAGACAGAAAGGGAAGACAAGGGGCAGGGGUCGGCGGAAUAAUUACGAUGGAUAUGAUAGCACCUCGAGCAGCAGUGGUUAUAGCAUCCCUGGAUCGUCGACGUCGUCUCGCAAUGGUAGCACUACUGACUCGCUCGGUAUUGGUGUGCGGAACGGUAGGCGUACGGGCCCGCGGAGAAGGAGGAGGACAGAGCAGCUGCGCUCUUAUCGACAUAGUUAUCGGCCCAAGGCAAGAGCAUCGUCACCGUCGGAGGACAACGAUAUCGACAAUAGCUUCGGCAGGGAGACGUUUGCCCCCGUUACACGCGCGUCGUCGGUAUCCCCGUCGAGAUAA